GUUCCUGCAAUUAAGUCAACCAAAUUACCCAAGAUCAUGGCAUCUUCCUACAUGGUCGUCUUUGCACUUGCACUUUUAGUUGAAUUGACUACAGCUUUGCCCAAAGUUAAGAUGGACGAAGAACGUACAGACCAAGAUAGACUAGUGUCGAUAGCAGGAGAAGACGAUGCAAGCGAAAUGGGACCUGGGCAGCUCACCUUCAGAAGACACCCCAUCAUAGAGGGCAGACUGGUGGAUGAAGACGGGACAAAACGCAUCUUCAUACUUGCCGACACAGGAAUAAAAGGGUCUCUUGGGAGGGAAGCAAACCUUGCCUUUUCGAGAACCUUCACUGUGCUGCCGCCGCGUGGGACGGAUCAUGCUCUGGAUGGAUUCAACAUGAGGGAUGAGCGACGAAGCAUAGAUGAUGUCAUUCCCGUGGGCAGAAGGGACAUAGACAUGCUAAGGUGCAUGAUAGGGAGAGUAUACAGGCCCUGUUGGCAAGCUUGAAAACGGAGCAGCUGACAAAGCACCUGCAUGAUUUUCCCAGCUCUCCCCUGAUCCUGCAAGAUACUCCAAAUAUAAAAAGAUGACAAACACACUUGUAUGAUUUAAAAAGAACUGAAAUAAAAAUUUAUUAAAAUCUGCAAAGUACGAGUCGUGUUCAAGGGGAACAGAAAGUAUUCAUCAUGACUGUCACACAAUCCUAAAAUGAAAUGAUAGAGUUCUUUCUCUGCCAACUCAUAAUCUUCCCCUUUACAUCGCAAACAUGCACACACACACAAAUAUAUACACGCACACAUCCCGUCAGUAAUAAUCUGGAGAAGAGUGACACGACUUGUAUUAAAAGCAUUUAUAUGGCUAUUUUACCCAAAAACAAAAGGCUUAGAACAACAUGAGGGGGAGUAAAUUACCAAUUUAGCAUCAUUGGUGAGUAAAUUACAGUCUGAAAAAGCCAGUGAGCUUGCCCUGACCAGCGAUGAGCUU